AUGAGCGACAUAGAGGAGGCACACGAGCGGCAGCGGCAGCGGCUGGCGUCGUGGUGGUGGCAGAGACGGAUCAGACAGCCGACGCGGACACACAGGCGUGCGUUCCAUGCAUCCUUGCUCACAUCACUGUUGGAGGACGGCGGCAAGAUUGUCUACGAGCGCGAUAACCCCCAAGGCUUCUUCAAGGUGCAAUCUCUCAUCGUGCAAGACUUCACGGUGGUUGCAGGGUAUUCGUGUGGGGAUGUGUACAUGUGGAAUGUGCUGGAGCAUGCCCACCAGCUUUCCGAUGCCGUGGUGCCAAGACUCAAGCUGAGCGCAGACAAACACAUGGCAGCGAGCCUGCGCUGCCAGCUUCGAGCCGUGUGCAGUGUGCAAGGCCAGGGCGGCGCCACCUUGAGCUGUGCGUGGGGUGCCACGGGCAUCAAGAUGUUCGACGUGACGGUGCCGCGGUGCAUUAUUCGUUCCUGGUCCUGCAUGCGCAACCUCCCAUGCGUCUGCCACGACGUCCAGCCGGCUGGUCGCUCGCGUCUCAUCACCGCACACGAGGACGGCGUGAGGAUAUGGGACCUGCGCACACAAUGCCGCAGCGCCGCUGUCACCAUUGCCGAUGCCGAUGGCAGACACAUGAAGCGCACGUGCAGCGUCGAUGAUGACAUUGUCGCUGCCGUCACCGAGCACGGCGGCACCACCUCCCUCCUCCUCUUUGAUAUCAGGCGAUGUGCACCAGCAACAAGGCAACGACGACCGUUUACAGCAACAGGGUCAGGAACCGUUGCAAGAGUAGCAACAACCACAGGAUCUGCAUCGUCACAGCAGGUGUUUUCUAGAGGUGGCAGCAUGAGACGAAAGCGACCAAAGCUGACAUCAUUACCAUCAUCAUCAUCAUCAUCAUCGUCACCAUCGUCGUCACCGAGCGCGUCGACGGUGGGUGACAUUGGUAACUGCACACUAGCGUCACCACUACCAUCAUCGUCGUCGUCAGCAUCACCCGUGGUGGCGGAGUAUGCGCUUAACCAUGUGACAAAGGCGUGUACACACCUCACCGCGCACAACAAAAGCAUCUACAUCACAGCAGGCAGUGUCUUCGAAGUUAAUCCAUUCACAGGUAAAACAGUCCGUGCAUUCCGCCACCGCUCAUCGUCGCCUUCACCGCACGACAGCGGACCCGCCUGGCUCUGGCGCCAGCAGCGGUUCCUGCGUGCACGCGAUGAAGGAAGUGUGGAUGUGUUCGACAUUGGCGACCACGAUGGCACGUGUCGCAGCAAAAUGCGUUUGGCGCCGUCAAGCAAACACCGACUCGCUUAUGCGCCCAUUGCACAACUGGCGGUGAACGAUGUGGGGUCUGUCAUUGCGUUUGCCGAAGCGUACGAUAAGAGCGUGUGUGUCAUUGGCGCACCCGGCAUGCCAGCCGACGACAUCUUGUAGCGACAGCAUGUGUAUGCGUGAAUGUGUGU